CUGAAAGGUCAAAGGUCACCAGUGGUGGGCGUCUCUGUCUGACGUUAUUGGGGACCCUGUACAGUUGGUUUAAUAAGCCGGUUUUCAGCUUGGUAAAGGACACCGAGGAUGAGCUCUCAGCAGAUGUUCAACCAGCAGAGCGGAGAGGAUGAGGACUCUUCGGCAGGCAUACCGCCUUUCGGACGGCCUUAGGGCCCCAAGGCCAGGCUGUCCGAUGCAGAUUCCUGAGCCCACCCAGGCGGAGCUAGGGAAGCGGGGUGAAGGCGUGAGUAAUACGGAGCUCCGGCGCUUCGUUAGCGUCGAUGACUCAACCGUACGCCUGAUUUAAAAAAUACAUAAAUAAAUAAAACAACGAGAGGGCCACUGGCCGGCGUGGACAAUGUUCACUCAUCUUCUCGAAGGUGCUGGACAUUCUGUGAUGUAAACAUCGAGAAGAUGGAGGGUGCGUUCACUUUCCGAGUGGACGCGCAGACCAUCGAGUGGUGGCCUCUGACUCAGAGGCCCUUUGCAACAAGUUAACCGCAACUGUCGGCGGUGUCUGAUGGAAAUCAGCGGUCAGGGCAAGCUAGAUAAGUUUCGUGCGAGCAACGGAUUGCAUGACAGGUUUCAAAAUCAAUGUUUGCAGGGCAAAAGGUUGACAGAGGCAGGAAGAACCGUUUUAUGUUGAGUUGGCACCCAUGUACCGCAAGCAAUCGGAAAGACUGAUCAAAGAUAGAAGCUGUAGUCCUCAACGCUUCUCAGUGCCAAGGCGAUGAGCCUAUUUUGGAAAUGCAUGCCUUCCCAUAAUUUUAAGGAAAUAUGCGCAAGUCUGGAACGCUUAGUGGAAACGAAAGACAGAAUUUCUUCUCUGUCUGUCUGUCUCAGUCUCUGUCUCUCAGUCUGUCUGUCUGUGUGUGUCUCUCUCUCUCCAGUGCCCCAGUUAACAAAAUAAAACUGUUGCUGUUUUACAAAGACUUUAGUCCCACUUGUCUUAGAAAAAAAUAACUUCCUAUAAUCUGGUGAUCACAGCACAGAGUAUCCACAACCACUGCCCUCUCUUUUAGAUUUAUAGUUUAUUUUCUUUAUAUACUUGGUACUAGAGAUCAACCCAGGCCCUCACACAUGCGAAGCAGGUGAUCUAUUGCUUAGCUACAUCCCGAGUAGCCCCCUCACCUUUUAAAUUUUUGAGAUGGUCCCGUUGCCCAAUCUGGUCUCCAACUAGCGAGCCUCCUAGUAAUUGUAACUAGUGAGCCUCAGCCUCCUGAGUAAUUGGGAUUACAGCCGUGCACCACCUUGUCUGGCUUGGAUUGGUUUCUUAAUUGUUUGACCACGCAGCUCAAAGUUAAUUUAGUAGGAAAAAAUCCUGGGUUCAUAGUGUGGCUAAUUUGCAGACAAAAGUCUUGGUCAUCUAGCCAGUGGUGCGAAUUGAUGGCACACUUACGAAGGUGGGCUGUUUGUUUUCACUGAAAGCUCUAAAACAUUGACCAUCCCUGAUAGGCCCACUGUUCUUUGCUUGGUCUCAUGUUGCUGUUGUGUUUCUACCUUUGGAAGACACUGGCUUUCUCUCUUGGAUCACUCACUGGAUAUAGUUAAAGGGCUCACAAGGUAUUAAGCAUGUACUUGACCACUUUGUUGACACCUUGUUUAAAUCAAAGCUGACCAUACUGUAAUACUGCAAGUGCUUGAAUAGUAAUAACAGAGAGGUUUGGUAAUAUAAAACCAACCAUUGUUCAUAAAGGUUGGUGGAAACUGUAGAUUGUUGAGAAUGAUUAUAUGUGUUUCACUAGAAUUGAAGUUGGAAAAAAAAUCCUAGUCUGCAAAAUAGAAAGGUUAUAAAUUCACUGAUAUCAAGGAAAAUAAAAUUAAUGAGCUACUCAAGUUUGAAUCAUUGGUAAUAACUGAGAGUCUAUAUCCAUAGAUAAAGAAGACCAAUCCUUACCACCAGAGGUGAAGGAAAAGUCUAAGGAAAUUGCAUGCUGUUUUGUGCUUCAGAACUCUUUGGUGCUGCAGUUAUGGAUCCCUUCCUGGGCUGAAGUUUGUCUUUUCAAAAAGAUUUCAGUAAAUUGCUCUGUAUCUAUAAAAAGCUGUAAAAGAACCUUCAGAAGGAAGGAGUUGAUGAAGGAAGACAAGUAAGUAGGUGAGGGAGCUGGCUGCAGUAUCUGAAGGGAAGUUGGAAUCUUGCUCAGAAUCUGAGGCUGAGACAGAAUUCCAUAAGAAGGGGGAGAGGAAGGAUAGGUGAAAAAAUAAAAGUGUCCAGGGGAGCCUGGAUGCUCAGCACUAAAACUCGUGGUAUAUCUGAAGAAACUCAAAGCCAUCAAUACAGAAUUGGGCUUCUGGAGUCUAAAGAGGGUGAGGUAUCUGGAGUUGAAGGAUGAAGAGGAUCCAGAGGUUGCAUCUUCCAAGUAACAGUUCAUCUUUUGGCAUCCUCCUCUUGUUACCUCAAGUAGCACCUUCAUCGCUUCCGUCGUUACAAUCAACAGCCAUGCAUUUUGUAAUAUUUAUUCAUUCAACAAUGACAGUAAACUGCACAGGAUCCUGUGCUAAACAUCAUCGCAGGAAAUGAUCUGAGGAGCUGAGAUCCUGCCAGCUGCGGCUUUUCUGGUGUACCCCAUGCUCAGGACCCUGAGCCUACAGCUCCACUCAGCCAUCACCAGCACCUACGCCUCUGGUGCUCACUCUGUCAUCUUCGUCAACUGUCCCAAUGAGCAAAUUGCCAGAGACAUUGCCAGAGCAAUACUGGAGAAGAAGCUGGCUGCCUCUGUGAACAUCCUACCCAAGGCAUCUUCACUGUAUUUUUGGAAGGGAGAAAUAGAAGAAGCCAGUGAGAUCUUGUUGUUAAUAAAGACAAAGACUUCCAAGGUCCCCUUGCUCUCCAGCUAUAUCAGGUUGGUGCAUCCCUUUGAAAUCCCAGAGGUCUUCAGUCUCGCCAUGGAUCAAGGAGAUGUGCAGUAUUUAAAGUGGCUUGAGGAGAGCAUGGAGGAGGGCCGAGCGAGGGAACCCUCUUGUGCAUCUUGCUGACUGCCUCUGCCCUUCAGCGGCUGUACUCUGGGAAGAGUAGUUUUCUGCCUCCCAGAACCUGUGGAUCCUGUGUCUGUGUGAGCGCAGAGGAGCAACUAACCUGCGUUGGCUGAGGGUGCAAGGCUCCCGAGGCUAGAAGAGAAGGUCGGGCCAGAAAGAACCCAAUGGAACUUGUCUUGGAGUGCUGCAUGUUUCAAGGUGGCCAGAGGCCGGAGGAUGAGGGUGGUUGUACAAACUGAAGGAGGUGGCGGUGAGGGUGAAGUCUGUCAUCGUUAGUCACUGAGGCUAUCUCACAUGCCUAGGGGAUAACUGCUCCCCUGCUUCUGAUGGGGAGGAAUGGAUCCGAUGACCUUGUUCACUUGGAAGUGUAUGGGAUGCCUCCUUCUCGAGGAACUAGCAAGCGCUGUGUUCAAAAGGAUGAAUUGUAAUGGUGGAAUUUCAGAGAUCAGCAGGAUUAUUUCUCCUAAAGAGGCUUUUGUUGCUCCAGAGUCCUGAGGAGGUGGCACUAGGAACUAGGGCUUCAACACGGCCUCAUGGGCUGGCAGUAAGUCUUGACUCUUUCUUAGUCUGAGUGUGACAGAUACGAGAAGGUUCUGGUGCCUUGCUCAGUGGAGAUGUAGGUUCUGAGCUCAGAAAUGAAGCCCUGGGAACCUGCUAGGCCAGUGUUUUUCACAUUUGCCAUACAGAGCCCCAGAGCUUGACAGAAACUCCCUGGGCCUACCUGGGUGAGGGUAACGGCUGGAGGCCUCCACCUACAUCCCUAUCAAUGCACUCUUUGCUUGUUAGCCGCUGAGCACCCUUUAAGAUUUGGGUUUUGGUUUGUUUGGGGUUUUUUUAGGAAAGUUUUCUUCAUCCAAGCUUAGUAAACCACUGCUCUAGGCUGGUCUCCAUUUUACUGAUUAUUAAAGGAAACUGAAUUGUACAGAUGCCCAGAAAGGGAGUGGCAUGUUGUUAUACCUGGCACUUCUGUGUGAGCUCAUGCUGUGCCAGCUCCAUGGGGAAGGACAUAGGGGAGGUGAGGAAUGUCGAGUCCUAGCAGCGAGAAAAGAAAUGUGACCCAGGCCCUGUCCACGAACAAAGCAACUCUCUGCUUCCCUCACCUUAGUACUCCUAGAUAUGAAAUGGGGGAGAUGUCCCAGGACCCAUCUAUGAAAACCUUGUAGGAACUGCAAGCUGAGGCCCUUCCGAGGUCCAGAGGGUAUCAGUGGGGACUUGGGGAGCUGCCUAGGGAGAGGUCUAGAGAAUGCUAAUGGUGAUGUUCUUUGCUUUUUGUAACAGAUCAGUUUCUGAUACAUAUGCAAAUCUUGUACAAAGUAAACACUACUUAAAAUGCAUUAUAGUUCCCUGUUGAUUGCCUUCAUUACUUUUAGGAUAAAGUCCAAUUUCUAAGUCUAGUUUUCAAGGCCCUUCAGAACCUUACCUCAGUUUACCUCUUCAGUCAUCAACAUCUCCCUCAGACAGAUGGUUUCCCUGCAUUGUGUGAUGUUAUUCCUGUGUUCAUGUGGUCCCCUCUGCCUGGAGUUCCCUUCUACCUGGAUGCUUGUGACAUGUGGCUGUUCCCUUGCAUGGCUUGGCUCCCCAGCUGGAAGGACUGUCUUCCGCCCUGGUGUUCCUUUCAUCCUUGUGCAUUACUUUGUUGGCCUUGUAUUGCUGGGCGGUGACCUGCUGAAGGUCAGGGGUAUGUGUGAAUGUUUGAUCUGUUGUACAGAAUUUGGCAAGUACCUCCCCAACUGAUGUUUCAAGGAUUUAAAUGGCAAAAGCUUUCUCUACGGUGCAAUUUCUUUUAAGUUGUGGAAUUAGCGAAAUCUAACUUUUUUCCUUGAACUUUAUUAAAGGGCGACUAAUUCCAAGGGA